UGAGAUCGAGCGCGGUGGGUGCCAUGGCUUUCUACAGUCCCGGGGCGAAUGGGCAGGGAGGGGCGAAAACUGCGCGCGCUUGCGUAUAUAACGGCGCACGCCGAGGCACGCGACGCAAUUGUGGUCGCCGCGAGCUUCUCCGCGUUGAUCAUCAGAAAGUUCAUGAAAUGCGCAUCAGCUAAAUGGGGGGCCCAGGGUGUGUGCGCGCGCGACACCAGCGCGACAUCCCGGCAUCCUGACGGGGGCCGGGUGCACCCGUCGGCAUGGGCGCGCAAGAUACGCCAAACAGGCGAGUCUUGUGAGCGAUGGGAGUCCGAGCGCAGCGUGGGAUGGCAGGGAAGGAUUGGGAGGGGAUGGCAAGCGCCCGGACUUGCGGAGAGGCUGGAUUAGGUUUCUCACACUUUCGUGCUAUCCUCCGACUGCCCGCAUGCCGACCAGACCCUCGUUUCUGGGCCUCUUGUUCGACCUGAACGCCACCAGCAUCGCGGGUCAAGCAGCGAGCAAGCGCCUCCACAUCCCGAAGGUCGACCAGACGGCCGCGCCGUCCAUCUGGGGAGGACGGGAUCUUUGAUGGGGUCCUCUGAAUGCGUUGCAGAUCCUAUUCUUCCCACAACUUCCGAUAGAUCUUCGCUUUGUAUAGGGCAGGCCUUCCAAUCGAUGAUGAUCU